UUUAGACAGAUUUCUGCUCCAGGGCACAAACACAGACACACAGAAGACAACUGAGAAGAGGAAGAGGAACACCACACAAAGAACAACAUGGCUGAGCCCAAAAAUGUGAAGGUUCUACUGCUGGGUGCCAAUGAGGCUGGCAAGAGCACCAUUCUGAAACAGAUGAAAAUCAUCUACCUGGGUGGCCACACGGAUGAGGAGAGGCUGGAGCACAGGGGGACGAUCUGGUCCAACGUGCUGCAGUUCACCCUGGCCGUGCUGGGAGGCAUGGAGCCCCUAGAGAUCAAAUUUGCAAACCCCACCUCAGAGGCAGAUGCUAAGAAACUGACGACCAUGUCCGGUUCCAACGAGGAGGGCACAAUGCCUGCAGACAUGUCAGAGAUUAUCAAGAGACUGUGGGUGGACGAUGGGUUCGUGCAAUGCCUUGACCGUGCUAACAUGUAUGAUGUGAACGACUGUACAGCCUACUACAUGGAUCAUACGGAUCGGAUCUUUGAGGCCAACUACAUCCCCUCGGAGCAGGACGUGCUCCUGGCCCGCGUCGACACCGCAGGCACCGUUGAGGAACAGUUCCCCUGCAAGGACCUCCUCAUCAGGAUGUUUGACGUGGGCGGCAAGCGUGAGGACAGGAAGAGCUGGAUCAAGUCUUUUGCGGAGGUGACCGCUGUCAUCUUUGUGUGUUCCCUCAGCGCCUACGACCAAGUGCUGGUGGAGGAUGAGGAGACGAACCGCAUGCAUGAGAGCCUGCACCUGUUCAAUAGCAUCACCAACCACAAGUUCUUUGGCAGCACCUCCAUCAUCCUCUUCCUCAACAAGACAGACAUCUUCAAGAAGAAAAUCACAAAAUCUCCUCUGAACAUUUGCUUCCCCCAGUAUACAGGUGGAAACACUUAUGAUGAGGGCAGCAACUUCAUCAAGCAGCAGUUUGUGGAUCUGCACUUGAAGAGCAGUGAAAAGGAGAUCUUCACCCACAUGAUCAACGCCACGGACACUAACGAUAUCAAGACAAACUUCAACAACGUUGCAGACACCAUCGUCAAAAACCUGAAGGCUGCCGGUCUGUGGUGAAGUUGAUGUACAGUCUGUGAUCAAUUCUGUCUACCCACACAUUGUAUUUUGAAAUAAUUUUUGAUAUGAAUUGAGUUGAGUUGAGUUGACUCAAUUGAAUUGAGUCUUGUGGACCAACAAAGUUCGAACGUGUCUACUUGGUAACAUUAAUCCCAUUCUAAUCGGCAGUUACUGAUACCGAUGUGACUGAACAUGAACAAGCCAAUAACAACUGCACUGUGUAAUUAUGUGUAAAUAAUAGUCUAUUUUAACAGGCCUCUGAAUAGUUAUACAUAUGGUAUUCUCACCCCAGUUUCACAUUUUUUUCUUGCAGUUUUUGCAUUUAUUUUUUUUAGACAACUUCUACUGUGAGGCCACAUAGUGAUGGAGACAUUUUUGUAAAUGAUCUGUUAACAUCCUGCACAAGAGCCACUCGUACAAUAGUAGGCCUAUGUAAAUCAUUUGAAUAGUUGCAGGAUCCUGGUACAUGGACAUUUGUAAUUGUGUAAUUUUCAAACAGAUUUGCUAUUUUUUUGUGACUUGGAAGAGAGAAUUAAAUGUAUUUUCUCUAUGCUAUUAGAAAAGCAUUCAA